AUGUGAAAAAGAAAAACGGGCCAAAAUUUUCCUCCUUUUUCCGGGGAAAAGUUUAAUCCAAGAGAUGGAUGUGAUUGUUAUUUCAUUUGUAUGCAAUAUAUGAGUUGAACACGAGUCAGAAAAAUCAAAGGAUCAGAAAGAAUGGCGUGCAGGACUGUAUUCAGAACGGUGUUCUUGACGGAGCCGUGGCGACCUUUGCCUUGUAAUCGUCCAUCCUUUUCUUGUAUACCAUUCAUUACCCACAAAUCCUCAAUACCCACCUUGAAUUGUGGUUGUAGAAUUGGUAGGGUUCGAGAUUUCCAAUUUGCUCGACAAACCCAACGUCUCAAUUGCUCUCACAACGAAACCCAAUCGUCAUCUCCAGAAGACCAUGACCAAGGUCCCCCUCAAGAAGCUGUUCUCAAGGCCAUUUCAGUAUCAAAGACAGAGGGACGGGUUGGACAAACGACAAAUGUUGUUAUUGGAGGUACAGUGACUGAUGAUUCUACAAAUGAAUGGCUUGCACUGGAUCAAAAGGUGAACUCUUACCCAACAUUGAGAGGGUUUACGGCGAUUGGAACUGGAGGUGAUGAUUUUGUGCAAGCUAUGGUUGUUGCUGUUGAAUCUGUACUUCAGCAGCCAAUCCCACAGGGCCAGGUGAAGCAUAAAUUAUCUUCAAGGGGAAAGUAUGUAUCGGUAAACAUUGGGCCUGUUCAAGUCAUUUCUAGUGAGCAGGUUCAAGAGGUAUACAAUGCCAUGAGGAGAGAUGACCGGAUGAAAUAUUUUCUGUAGUGUAAUUUUCGUCUGUAUUCUGUAUAGAGUUCUACUUAUCUAGGCACUGUUUUUGCCCAAUGUCGUUUGCUUUUUAUUUCCCAAUUCUCUAAUCCUUUGUUCUUUAUUAAAAGCAAAACCUUUGUAGGCUAAGAGAAAAAUGAUUUCGAAAGUAAACUGUUUUCAAAUUAACCGGAGAUGGUUUUGAUAUACAAAAAUUACUCGUGAUUCAGAGAUUA